AUGACGUCUCGUGCUGGGUGGGUGUUCCCCUCAGUGGUGACAGCUUCAAACAUAACGGUCACACUGGGCUUUGUGUUUGUGCAUGAAGAUUUUGCCAUUAUUGGAUGCUCUGAUACAGAAAAAGAAGACACGUAUGGAAUGGAUGAAGAGGAAUUUUGGCAUGCUGACUUUAAUCAAAAGAAGGGAGUAGAAACAUUACCUGAUUUUGGAGACCCAAUGACAUUCCCUGGAUUUUAUGAAGCCAGCGAGGCUGAAAUGGCAAUCUGCAAAAGUAACUUAGCCUUAUGGACCAAAACAUUCAAGAGCCCACCACCAGAAAUGGAUGCACCUCAGACAUCUAUAUAUCCAAAAGAUGAUGUAGAGCUGGGUGUUCAGAACACCCUUGUCUGUCAUGUGACUGGCUUCUAUCCUCCAUCUGUCAGUGUCUCGUGGACUAAGAAUAAUGUUAAUGUGUCAGAGGACAUUACUUUAAGCCAGUAUCGUCCACGGAUAGAUGGCACCUUUAACAUCUUCUCCACCCUUAAGUUCACACCUGCUGAAGGAGACAUUUAUAGUUGCAUGGUAAAGCACAGAGCCAUCAAGGGUCAGCCACAAACCAAAACAUGGGAUGUCGACGCUGUCCUCCCAAGUGUUGGUCCAGCAGUUUUCUGUGGAAUCGGUCUGACUCUUGGAUUGCUGGGCGUAGCUGUUGGAACGUUCUUCCUUGUUAAAGGAAAUAACUGCAACUGA